CGUCCUCCAAUCGCCUCCGACCUCCGACCAAGAGGACCCCGAUGCCUCUGUCCUCCUCAGUCGUACUCAGCGCCUCGCGACGGUCGGACGUGCGCUCGAUCUGCGCAUACAACUCGCGAGCUUUCGAAUUUUUACCUGUGGAUUGUUAGUGACAUGUGCUGUUGAAUUAGUAUUUGAGUGGCACACUGGAUUGGCGCCGAUCACCUGCUCGUCUUGCGAAGUUUCCAGCCAGUAUUCAAGUUACGCAGCGGAGCAAAUUAAACAAGAGGUUCCUUUAUCAAGAACAUGGAUGUUCCCUUCACGCGUGCCUGGAAAUAUCAGAGAUGAAUCAAAGAACUAGAAAGAAAACUGUCAACUUCUGGCGCGAUCUGGCGAAUUUAUAGCCUACCCGCUCACGAGUCCGUGUAAUGUGAAGAGGACAGCGGAAGGGAUUAUACUGUCAUAUCGAGAAAGCAUAUCUCAGCAAAGUUGUGAAAGAAAAUCUAAAACAUAUCUAUAUAAAUACUAGUCACCGUUUGUGAUUGUAGUUUAAAACGCUAUUGCUCAAAAAUCUAUUAAAAUAACUCCUGUAGAUAUAGAAGUAAUAUUAGAAAAAAAUAGAUGCAUAUCGACGUAUAACUUUAGUAAUACAAAAUUUGUUAGAUACAUAUCAAAUAUCUAUAAAGAUGAAGUACUAUAGCAUGUUUUUCCUGCGGAGGCGGACGUUAAUAUUGAAAGCGGUGUUGAUACUGACAGCUCUGUGGUUCAUGGUCGCUUUGCUGACGACAAAUGGCGGAUCUAGGAAUUCAAUUGUCGCACCGCCGAUAGAAUACGAAGACGCCGAAGCGAAACCACUAAAGAUGGCGAAACCAACGUCUGGAAAGAAGAAAAGCGAAUCCUAUGGAAAUAAUUUGUCAGAUGUGCGGACGCGGAUCGAUUGGCUUGGUCGGAUCGCUGGCGUCCCUGAAGGUUUAGGAGUGAUUGCAGCUCCGGGUUCGGACAAUGCGCCAGGUGAACUUGGCCAGCCAGUUGUAUUGCCUAAGAAUAUGAGCGAAGAAGCCAAAUUAGCUGUAUCAGAAGGAUGGAAGAAGAAUGCCUUCAAUCAAUAUGUUAGCGAUCUCAUAUCAAUAAGAAGGAAAUUACCUGAUCCUAGAGAUGAAUGGUGUAAAAAACCCGGCCGCUAUUUAGAAGAUUUGCCACAAACUUCGGUGGUCAUAUGUUUCCACAAUGAGGCGUGGUCGGUGCUUCUUCGAACAGUACAUUCAGUGAUAGAUAGAUCACCUCCUCAUUUAAUAAAGGAGAUUGUGCUCGUCGAUGAUUUCUCAGAUAUGCCACAUUUGAUGCAACAGUUGGACGACUACAUGUCUUCGCUGCCUAAAGUUAGGAUAGUUCGAGCGACGCGGCGCGAGGGACUCAUCAGAGCGAGACUGCUCGGUGCUCGAUAUGUCACCGCUCCCGUCCUUACUUACCUGGACAGCCACUGCGAGUGUACAGAAGGAUGGUUGGAACCAUUACUAGAUAGGAUCGCAAGAAACAAAACGACAGUAGUCUGUCCCGUUAUCGAUGUCAUUGAUGAUAACACUUUGGAGUAUCACUACAGGGAUUCAUCUUCAGUCAAUGUUGGCGGUUUCGACUGGAAUCUCCAGUUCAAUUGGCAUCCCGUGCCGGCAAGGGAAAGAGCACGCCACCAACAUACUGCAGAGCCAGUGUAUUCGCCUACCAUGGCUGGUGGACUUUUUGCUAUCGAUAAAGAAUUUUUCGAAAGACUUGGAACUUACGACAGCGGCUUCGAUAUCUGGGGCGGAGAGAAUUUGGAACUGUCAUUCAAAACUUGGAUGUGCGGUGGAACGUUAGAAAUCGUUCCGUGUUCUCACGUCGGUCACAUAUUUAGGAAACGGUCACCGUACAAAUGGCGAACUGGUGUCAAUGUACUGAAGAAGAAUUCAGUUCGUUUAGCAGAGGUGUGGUUGGAUGACUACGCUAAAUACUAUUACCAAAGAGUUGGUAAUGAUAAAGGUGAUUAUGGAGAUAUUACAAGCAGAAAGCAACUUAGAGACAAUCUCGGUUGCAAAUCCUUUGAAUGGUACUUAAAGAACAUUUACCCUGAACUAUUUAUUCCUGGAGAAUCCGUCGCACACGGCGAGAUCAGAAAUGUCGCCUUCCAAAAGACUUGUUUGGAUUCUCCAACGCGCAAGUCCGACCACCAUAAGCCCGUCGGACUAUACCCGUGUCACCGGCAGGGAGGAAAUCAGUACUGGAUGUAUUCCAAAAACGGUGAGAUCCGUCGUGAUGAGACUUGCCUCGAUUACUCGGGUCACGAUGUCGUUCUGUACCCUUGCCACGGCGCCAAGGGUAACCAACUUUGGCUGUAUGAUCCGAGCACGAAGUUAUUAAAGCACGGUUCAAGUGAGAAAUGCAUGACGAUAUCGCGCAACAAAGACAAGAUUGUCAUGGAGCCGUGUAGUGACGCGGAACCAAGACAGAUGUGGGUAAUGGAGAACUUCAACGCAGAUCGACUAAGUCCAGAACUGACAGCCGAUUAGCUGUCAUCUUAUGACGUGCUUUUCAUAUAAAUGACUGAGAAAUUGUUUAGACUUUUGUGCUCAGAAUUCACUUGUUGUUGAAUGCAUUGUACUUUAUGUAAGUGAUUUCAUUUGAUUUGGAGGUUAACUACCAUAUUUUAAAGUGUGUUAUAAUUUGUAUUUUA